CAGGAGCCACUGCGUGAGUUUGACGGUCGGUGUCAUCAGCCGGGACCGGUGGCGUGGGUUUGUGAAACAGAACCACUUCUGCUGUGCCUUUUCACGCAUAAGACAUCGUAAUAGUCCGUCUACCAGUACAAGAUGACGGAACGAAAAGGAACGGCGAAGUUGGACUUUCUGAGAAAGAUUGAGUUGGAGAUCCAGGAAAAGUGGGAAAAGGACAAAGCUUUUGAAAGCGACGCGCCGACGACUGUGGGGGAAUGCUCCAACAAGAACAAGUAUUUUGUUACCUUCCCUUACCCUUACAUGAAUGGCAGAUUGCACCUGGGUCACACGUUCAGCUUGUCUAAGUGUGAAUUUGGAGUUGGUUAUCAGCUGUUGAAGGGUAAGAAAUGCCUUUUCCCGUUCGGCCUGCACUGCACAGGGAUGCCCAUCAAAGCAUGUGCAGACAAGCUCAAGAGAGAGAUGGAGGUGUAUGGAAACCCUCCACAGUUUCCAGAGGAAGAUGAUGAAGAAGAAAAGGAGAAGCCCAAGACGUCAGAUGAAAUAAUCAUCAAAGACAAGGCGAAGGGCAAAAAGAGUAAAGCGGUUGCCAAAUCUGGAUCAUCCGCCUUCCAGUGGAACAUCAUGAGGUCGCUGGGUCUCAGUGACCAGGAAAUAGAAAGAUUUGCCAACGCAGAGCACUGGUUGGAGUAUUUCCCUCCUCUGGCUGUCAAAGACCUGAAGAUGAUGGGAGUCAAGGUGGAUUGGCGUCGCUCCUUCAUCACAACAGAUGUGAACCCCUUCUACGACUCCUUUGUCAGGUGGCAGUUCCUGACCCUUAAGGAGAGAAAGAAGAUUAAAUUUGGCAAAAGGUACACUAUCUACUCCCCUAAAGAUGGGCAACCAUGCAUGGAUCAUGACAGGCAGACAGGAGAGGGAGUUGGUCCUCAGGAGUACACACUCAUCAAGAUGAAGAUAGUGGAGCCAUACACCGCCAGAUUCAAGUCCAAAGUGUUCUACAGCAGUGGCAUGAAGAGCAAAAACAUCUUCUUGGUGGCCGCAACACUCCGACCGGAGACCAUGUUCGGUCAGACCAACUGCUGGGUCCGGCCCGAUAUGAAGUACGUGGCCUUUGAGACCACCAGCGGUGACAUCUUCAUCUGCACUAAGAGAGCUGCCCGGAACAUGUCCUUCCAAGGCUUCACCAAGGAGAAUGGAGUCGUUCCAUUGGUCAUGGAAAUCCUGGGACAGGACAUUCUCGGCUGUGCCCUCAGUGCUCCACUGACCUCGUAUACGGUCAUCUAUGCUCUGCCCAUGCUCACCAUCAAGGAGGACAAAGGCACCGGUGUCGUCACCAGCGUUCCAUCUGAUGCUCCCGAUGACAUCGCCGCACUCAGAGACAUCAAGAAGAAGCAAGCCCUGAGAGAGAAGUACGGGAUUGAAGAUAAGAUGGUUUUGCCGUUUGAACCGAUACCGAUCAUAGAAAUCCCGGGUUACGGGAACCUCUCGGCUCCUCUGGUGUGCGACGAGCUUAAGAUCCAGAGCCAGAACGAUAAGGAGAAGCUGGUGGAAGCCAAAGAGAAAGUCUAUCUGAAGGGAUUCUAUGAAGGGAUCAUGCUGGUCGAUGGAUACAAGGGGCAGAAGGUCCAGGACGUCAAGAAACCAAUCCAGAAGAUGAUGGUGGACAGAGGCGAGGCGAUGAUCUACAUGGAGCCGGAGAAACAGGUCAUGUCCAGGUCAGCCGACGAGUGUGUGGUGGCCCUGUGCGACCAGUGGUAUCUGGACUAUGGAGAUGCUGAGUGGAAGCAGCAGGCCAACGAAGCUCUGACGUCUCUGGAAACGUUUUGCGACGAGACGAGGAGAAACUUCGAGGCCACCCUGGCCUGGCUGCAGGAGCAUGCCUGCUCCCGGACGUACGGACUCGGAACACGUCUUCCUUGGGAUGAGCAGUGGCUCAUCGAGUCGCUAUCUGACUCCACCAUCUACAUGGCCUUCUACACGGUGGCCCACCUCCUCCAGGGUGGAGUGCUGAACGGGCAGGGAGCAUCACCGCUGGGCGUCAAGCCGGAGCAGAUGACCAAAGACGUUUGGGACUUCAUCUUCUUCAAGACGUCACCUUUCCCGAAGACCAGCAUCCCGAAAGAGAAUCUCCAGAGGCUGAGGCGGGAGUUUGAGUACUGGUACCCGGUGGAUGUCCGUGUUUCUGGCAAAGACUUGGUGCCGAACCAUCUGUCCUACUACCUGUACAACCACGUGGCCAUGUGGCCCAAAGACAAUGGAAAGUGGCCUCAGGCGGUUCGAGCCAACGGACAUCUGCUGCUCAACUCUGAAAAGAUGUCCAAGUCUACCGGAAACUUCCUCACUCUCAGCCAGGCGAUUGACAAGUUCUCAGCAGAUGGGAUGCGUCUGGCUCUGGCUGACGCCGGCGACACGGUGGAGGACGCUAACUUUGUGGAGACCAUGGCCGACGCGGGCAUCCUGCGCCUCUACACCUGGGUGGAGUGGGUGAAGGAGAUGAUCGCCAACCAGAACAAUCUGAGGACCGGCCCCGCCACUACUUUCAACGACCGGGUCUUUGCCAGUGAGAUGAACUCUGGGAUCUUGAAGACGGAGCAGCACUAUGAAAAGAUGAUGUACAAAGAAGGUCUGAAGACCGGCUUCUUCGAGUUCCAGGCCGCCAAAGACAAGUACCGAGAGCUGGCGAUCGAAGGGAUGCACAGAGAUCUGGUGUUCCAGUUCAUAGAGAGACAAACUUUGCUGCUGGCUCCCAUCUGCCCGCACCUCUGCGAAUACACCUGGGGUCUCCUGGGCAAGACCCACUCGCUGAUGAAGGCGACGUGGCCGGCGGCGGGUCCGGUCGACGAGAUCCUCAUGCGCUCGUCUCAGUACCUGAUGGAGACGGCGCAUGAUCUGCGCUUGAGGCUGAAGGCGUACAUGAAUCCUCCGAAAAACAAGAAAGGCGACUCCAAGCCGCCAGCCAAACCGUCCCACUGCACCAUCUACGUGGCCAAGAGCUACCCUCCGUGGCAGCACAGCGCCUUAUCUCUGCUUGGCAAACACUACAAGAGCAACAACGGUGUUCUUCCAGACAACAAAGUCAUCGCCAGCGAGUUAGGAGCUCUGCCUGAGCUGAAGAAGUACAUGAAGAGAGUCAUGCCCUUUGUGGCCAUGAUCAAGGAAAACCUGGAGAAAAAUGGUCCGAGGGUUUUGGAUCUGGAGCUGGAGUUCGAUGAGCGGGCCGUGUUGAUGGAGAAUUUGGUCUAUUUGACAAACUCUUUGGAGCUGGAGCAGAUCGAUGUCUUGUUCGCGUCUGAGGGAGACGAGAAGGUGAAGGAGGACGGUUGCCCUGGGAAGCCGUUCUGUUUCUUCAGAUCGGAGCCCGGCGUGAGCGUGUCGCUGAUCAACCCUCAGCCAGCCAACGGCCUCUUUUCCACCAAAAUGGACAUCCGACAAGGAGACACCCGAGACACCAUCGUCCGGCGGCUCGCCAAAAUCCACCGCCUCAUCAAAGAUCUCUCCCGGGUCAAGCUGAUGCGGUACGAAGACCCGCUCCUCGGUCCACGCCGGGUUCCAGUCCUGGGCCAGGAGGAGAAGGGCAAGCUCCCCAUCUCCACAGAGUGCGUGUUUAACGUCAAUCUGCAGGACAAGAAGGUCACGCUGGCCGACAACGGUCUCUCCGUGGACAUCGGCGACACUCUGGUUUAUCUGCUCCACUGACCAUUCGCAAGCAGAGCAGGUCGAGUCUGUGAGUUGUGAUCGGCCCCUGAGGCCAUGUGUGGCAACAGCAGCUUGCUAUUGUUACGAACUGAGUCAGCAGUGGGUCUGGAACCAAUGAGACCUGAAAUAAUGUGUCGAAUGUGUCUCCAUCGUCUGUCAAGACUUCCCAUUUACAAUCAUGACGUUUAACAGAGAACAAUAAUUUACCAUGUGUGUAAAACAAAGGUUUUUAAAUAAAGCCUAGCACAA